AUGUGCAGCUGUUCCAUUGCUGGCCAGACGGUGAAGAAGAUCAAGAACUGCAUUCUUCGAGCUGCGCAGCUUGGCGGGGUGUCCGGAAUCUUGAGAGAUGCGCGUCCGUAUGCCGGGUGGAGCGGCGUCGAUCUUACCCUGCUAUUCCGGCGCUUAGACAAGGACCGCAGUGGGGAGCUCGAGAUCGAUGAAGUGAAGGCAGCCCUCCGACGCGUCUUGCGGAUUCCCCCCAGUGUAGUUCCGGACUACCAGAUCCAAUCCUUCUGUGCCAUUAUGGACACAGACUUUUCCGGAGCAGUGGACAUCGAGGAGCUUGUAGGUUUCAUUCAAGGUGAGGGCUACGACACAUAG